AGACUACCAAAACAUAAGUGUUCUUGAUUCUUUGAAAUCGAUAUGGGCAGAGCAGUGAGAUGGUUUAAGGGCUUUUUUGGUAUGAAGAAGAGUAAAGAAAGAAGUCACGUUUCCGGCGGCGACUCCGACAAAGGUGGCGACCAUUCCGGCGACUUCAAUGUUCCUAGGGACUCUGUUUGGUUGGGAGCUUUCGUGACGGAUACAGAGAAGGAACAGAACAAGAACGCAAUUGCGGUUGCAACGGCCACGGCCACUGCCGCAGAAGCAGCGGUUUCGGCGGCUGAAGCGGCUGCGGCUGUGGUUAGACUGACCAGUGAAGGAAGAGCGGGAGAUAUGAUCUCCACGAGGGAGGAGCGGUGGGCCGCCGUGAAAAUACAAAAAGUCUUCAGGGGCUCUUUGGCGAGGAAAGCAUUAAGAGCUUUGAAAGGUAUAGUGAAGCUACAAGCGUUAGUGAGAGGAUACUUAGUAAGGAAACGCGCGGCCGCGAUGCUGCAAAGAAUACAAACUUUGAUCAGAGUCCAAACCGCUAUGCGAUCUAAACGUAUCAAUCGCUGUCUCAACAAAGAGUACAACAACAUGUUUCAACCUCGACAAUCUCUUGAUAAGUUCGAUGAAGCAGCGUGCGAUGAGAGAAGACCAAAGAUUGUAGAGAUGGACGAUACAUACAUGAGGAGAUCAAGUUCAAGAUCAAAAUCUAGACAAGUGCACAAUAUUGUUGCAAUGUCUGACUAUGAAGACGAUUUUGUUUACAAAGCAAAUGAUGUAGAGUUGAGUUUCUCGGAUGAGAAGUGGAAGUUUGCUACGGCGCAGAACACACCGAGAUUCUCGCACCACCAUUCUGCUAAUAAUCGCUACUAUGUAAUGCAGUCUCCAGCUAAGAGUGUUUGUGGAAACACUUUGUGUGACUAUGGACGCAGUGUGAGUACUCCUGGCUACAUGGAGAAAACAAAAUCCUUUAAGGCGAAGGUACGGUCACAUAGCGCACCGCGUCAGCGAUCUGAGAGGAAGAGGUUGUCGCUAGAUGAAGUUAUGGCGUCUAAGAGUAGCGUUAGCAGUGUGACUAUGCUGCAGCAGCUACCACCACGCUAUUCUUGUUCCUAUGAUCCGUUUUGAUUUCCAUGGAGGAAUUUAACUUCUUUUUUAAACAAAAUCUUCCUUUCUUUUUGGUUAUCUUAUUAUUGUACAUUUGUUUCUCAAUGAUCUUUCAAAACGUUAUCUUCCUCAUGAGUUUAGCAAGUUGUUUUUGGUGGGUUUUGGCUAAUUUAUGUUUCAUAAAUUGAAAGUAUCGGU